AUGUCUAUAGAAAAUAAACAACUUGACAUUAACCUUGAUCGUCCACUUUUAGUGGGACCUGAAACACCUGUGCAGCCUUUUCCUUUUGCUUUACAAGGAACUGUUAUUAAAGGUUAUGGUAGAGGUUCAAAACAGUUAGGCAUUCCAACAGCUAAUCUAUCAGAUGAGGCUAUUAAUGCAUUAGUCUCUGGACUUGAGACUGGUGUUUACUAUGGUUGGACUCAAAUCGGUGAAUCAGGCAGUGAAGUUUAUCCAAUGGUCAUGAGCUUAGGUUGGAAUCCUUAUUUUAAAAAUGAUAAGAGAUCUGCUGAAGUACAUGUCAUUCAUGAAUUUCCUGAAGAUUUUUAUGAUGCACCUAUUCGUGUAUUAGUAUUAGGCUAUAUUAGACCAGAGCAAAAUUAUCCUUCCCUUGAUGCUUUAAUAAGAGAUAUUAAAACAGAUGUAGAAGUUGCUAAGCAUUCACUUUCAAGAAAGCAAUAUGCACAAGCUAGAGGACAUGAAUUAUUUUUAUAG